AUUGAAACCUCCAUCACGUGAAACCCCAAAACUUUCCACCCUCCCUCUCCAUCACGCACGCACGCCUCCUCCAAACGACCCCUUUCUUCCGGCGACCCAUUUUACCUCCUUCCAUCGCUUCCGGUGACUUACGGUGGCGGACUUCUAGACGGACAGAGGCGACGGCGGCAAAAUCUCAGGCGACGAUCACAGCGUAUGUCCGGCAACAAUCGCCAAAUCUCCCAGUCGCGAACAACGGCGAAACGAGUAGUCAACAGUGGCGAACUCCAGCGAGCUUGAUUCAAGCAACGGCGGCAAGCUCUGACAGCUCUUCAAACUGCGUUCUUACUCCGUAACUUAAGCCGAACACUGUUUUAAAUUUUCUUCGUUGCUUUAAUUUUCUUCUUCUUCCAAGUGUUUUCAGGUUUGUAGUUUGAGUUUUAUUCUUCCUGGCUUGAUUUUUUUUGGAUUGAUUUUGGCAUUGCAAGAAAAAAAAACAGAAUGCUAAAAAGUCACUGGUCUCACAUUUUUCGUGUUUUACUUGGACUUUUUUGGUUUAUUCUAACCCAUUUUGAACAUUUUAGUGUUAUUAAAUGACUUUGAACUUGUGCUUUUCUGACUUGUUUCUUGAUUUUUGCAUUGCAAGAAAAAAAAUACAGAAUGUUAAAUAGUGGCCUCGCAUUUUUCUUGUUUUGAUUCUACUCUUUUGAUUUAUUUCAAGCCAUUUAAAACAUCUUAGUGCUAUUCAAUGACUUUGAACUCGUGCUUUCAUGGCUUGUUGCUGAUUUUGGCAUUGCAAGAAAAAGAACAGAUUAGGCUGAAUCGAUUGCAAUAUAGUGCAAGAAAAAAAAAACAGAAUGCACAUUUUUUGUUCAAUUACAUGCAAGGUUUUUUAGCCUCAUCCAUGCAUUUUGAUCUUCUUAUAUAUGGUCUAUGUUCUACUUAGAAGUUUUGUAGGGUUACCCAAUUGCACGAUCAAAUACGGGUGAAAUCCUAGCUUUUUGAAAUCCAAGAGAUAUGGAGAAGAAAGGUUCACUUUCUCAUCGCUGUUCCAAGAACAAUGGUUCAAGCGAUCCUAAUAGAGAACAAAGUUUGAAGCGGAGAAAGAUACUUGAGCAGAAAAGAAUCGCUGAUCAACUCGUUGACGUUGCUUGUUCGGAAAAGGACCAUCUUUCACCUUUUCCGUCCUUCCAACACUACAACCACGAUGGUCUGUCUUUAUGCCUGCAAUCAGGACGUGGCAAUAAACUUUCUUAUUCUGUUAAGAAAUACAUUCAAAAGCUCCUCAAGAUAAACAUGGAGGGGCCAUACGGAUCCCAGUGGCCAACUGAAGAGAAGGUGAAGUACAGGGAAAUAGUUUCAACACAAGCACGUUAUAUAUUUGUGCAUGAGUCUUCAAAUGCUAGUGCCAAUGGGGUGCCUUCAAAAUCAGAUGCAGAGAAGACAACUACUACUUCAAAUAAAAAGGAUCUCAUGGUUGCAUUUGUACACUUUCGAUUUAUUGUAGAAGAAAUGAUACCUGUGCUUUAUGUGUAUGAACUGCAGAUUGAGCCUCGUUUCCAAGGGAGAGGACUGGGGACUUUCUUAAUGGAUUUAGUUGAGCUUAUUGCUCGCAAGAACUGCAUGGGCGCUGUGGUUUUCACUGUUCAAAAAGCAAACUCCAAAGCUUUGAAUUUCUACAAAAGCAAGCUGCGACCCCAUCAUGGCGAAAUAAAACAGCUCUAUCAUGUACAUUAUUUUUGUUCUUGAUGAGCUUGAACAUUCCGGAGGAGGUGUGUCUGAUUGACAUACUUUGAAGACGAAAUGGUACAUUAAAUACAAAUCUAGAUCAUAAUUUGCUCGGCUCCAUAUUUUGUCUCCCAUCUGGCUCUCCUCAACCAGGGACUUCAUUGUUCGGCGCAUGGAAUCAAAUGGCUCCUUUACACCAACUCUUUACUGAAGGAUCUGCAAAGCCCCAUUGUUUCCUCUUCUUCGACCAAAUUAUAUAGUGGCAUUUGGAAAGACUCCUAUCCCAAAAAGAUUAAAUUCUUUCUUUGGAAAGCUUGCCUUCUUACAUUAAAGACUCAUGACAAGCUAAAAGGAGAAUGCCAACUCUCUCCCUCAUUGUUGUACUCGUUUGUAAAAGUCACGGUGAGUCUAUUGGCUACCUUUUUGUCUCAUGCGAGUACACAUCUGGGCUUUGGAACAAAAUCCUCCCUCUUGGAUGGUCGGCUGCUCACUCUAUCAAUAUGCCCCUCUUCUUGGCCUCUACUCUCAUUGGUCAUCCGUUCAAGAAUGAGAAAAGGUGUAUCUGGCUUCACUUUAUACAGGCUCUACUAUGGAUUGUAUGGUCGGAAGGAAAUCGGAGGAUCUUCCAUGAUAAGGGACUCUCUCUUCGUCACUCUUUCAAGGCCAUAGUUUUUUGGGUUAUAUCUUGGUGUAAAUGCUCUCAUUUUUUUCAUCAUUAUAGUUUUACGUCAUUGUUAUCCAAUUGGAGAGCUUUUUUGUGAGCUUUAUUGGGUUCUCACCAACCUUUGUAAUCUUCUUUCUCUUAUUUCAUUCUAUCGAUGAAAUCGUUUAAUUUCCAAAAAAUAAAAAAUCUAGAUCAUAAUGUAAUAAAACCCUUGUUUAUGAAAUCUGUAGGUUAUCCCAAACUCAAUAGGACAUCCAAAUCACGUCUUGGGUUUCGGUGUUGGAAUAAUUAGAAUUGUUUGUUUGAUGUAUUGGUGAUUUAAUUGUAAAUGGCUAAUAAUCGUGUUUCGUAUUCU